CUGGAAGCAGAGAUGGGGGCGACUACAAGGGUUUUAGCCUUUUGUUUUUUACCACUCACACUACUCUGUAGUCUGCAGGGGCAUCAUGCGCAAUUACAUUUUUGUCCUAAAAACACUUGCAUAAAGAAUAAAGCAAGGACAGAUGAUGUCCCAAAUGGGGGCCGUCAAAAGGAAGAACCAAACUGAUUACAAGGGCUGGUAUCUUUAUCCAUCGUCGGCCAUCAACUUGGUCAUGGAGACUGCGUAAGAGAAGCACUAGGAACAAAAUACGCAGGCAUCGAAGGAUCGAUAUCUGAUAAGUCAAACAUGAGUGAUGAUUCUUAUAUUCAAGGUCCAGUAAUUGAAGAGUUCACUUUUCCUGCAAAUUCUGCUCCCUUCAAAAGCUGCCAUGCAUCCACUAUUGUUGAGGUUGAAAAGAAUCAUUACUUGGUUGCAUAUUUUGGUGGUUCAGCAGAAGGCGCAAAUGACGUGAAAAUUUGGUUGCAGACAUACAAAGAUGGCUGUUGGUUACCACCUUUCAUUGUUGAUGAACAACCUGAUGUUCCAAUGUGGAACCCUGUUUUAUUUAAGCUUCCAUCCAAUGAGCUGUUGCUGUUUUAUAAAAUUGGGCAAGAGGUUCAAAAAUGGAGUGGGUGCAUGAAGCGGUCAUAUGAUAAAGGUGUUACCUGGACCCAAAGAGAGCAGCUUCCUCCUGGUAUAUUAGGUCCCUCUAAGAAUAAGCCUCUCUUGCUGGACAGUGGGCUCUUGCUUUGUGGAUCAUCUGUAGAAAGUUGGAACUCUUGGGGGGCAUGGAUGGAGGUGACAGCUGAUUCAGGAAGGUCGUGGAAAAAGUAUGGUCCAAUGUAUGUUAAAAACACAUCCCUCAGUGUUAUUCAACCAGUUCCUUUCCUAACUGCUAGGGGGACGCUGCGUGUUUUACUGCGAUCCUUUAACGGUAUUGAUAGAGUUUGUCUGUCAGAAUCCUAUGAUGGAGGCCAAAACUGGGGUUAUGCAGAACCUACCGCACUUCCCAACCCAAACUCAGGCAUUGAUGGAGUAAAGCUGAUGGACGGCCGUCUCUUGCUUGCUUACAAUACUAUCUCCAGGGGCGUACUUAAAGUUGCCCUUUCCAUGGAUGACGGUGAUUCAUGGCAUGAUAUUUUGACAUUGGAGAAGAAUCUUGGAAUGGAAUUCUCAUAUCCAGCAGUUAUCCAGUCCAGUGAUACAUCGGUUCACAUCACCUAUACAUAUAAUAGGACACAAAUUAAGCACGUUGUUCUCCGUCUAAAAUGAGGAGAUUCUCGUCUGUUUCAAAUGGUGCAGAAAGUGAUCAGUUUUCACUUCAUGGGUAUGAGUUACUCAGCAGUCAGCAUAUGACCUUAAUGUAACUGCAUUACUAUAAUCAAUUUCAAUAUCAAAGCUCUAUGGUCGUGGAUGUAGUUCUCUUAAGACCAAGAAAAUUUUUGUUGUUCUCUAAAUGUUCCUUUCAAAAGCUUAUCUGUAAUUGGGACAAGUUGGUCCACAUUCAUUACAAUGAGGGAGUUUUAUCUGUAAUUUGGCAGUUGCCGUGGCUGGUUGGAUUGCAAAGCUAGUCUACUUCUGCAUUGAAUUGUUGUAUUUGUUUUACAUGAAUUCAUCUUGUGAAUGGAUAAGCCAGGGAUAUAUGUGACUCA